ACAACUCCAAUAUCAACUGCAGAAACAACAACUCCAACAUCAACUGCAACAACAACAACAACAACAACUGCAACAUCAACUGCAGAAACAACAACUUCAACAGCAACAACUCCAACAUCAACUGCAGAAACAACAACUCCAAUAUCAACUGCAGAAACAACAACUUCAACAUCAACUGCAGCAACAACUUCUCCAAAAUCUACUGCAGCAAAAACUUCAACAUCAACUGCAGCAACAACUCCAACAUCAAGUGCAGAAACAACAACUCCAACAUCAACUGCAACAACAACAACAACAACAACUCCAACAUCAACAACUUUAACAUCAACUGCAGAAACAACAACUGCAGCAACAACUCCAACAUCAACUACAGUGACAACAACUCUAACAACAACUGCAGAAACAACAACUCCAACAACAACAACUCCAACAUCAACUGAAGUGACAACAACUCCAACAUCAACAACGUUAACAUCAACUGCAGCAACAACUCCAACAUCAACUACAGUGACAACAACUCUAACAUCAACUGCAGAAACAACUCCAACAUCAACUGCAGAAACAACUCCAAUAUCAACUGAAGAAACAACAACUCCAACAUCAAAUGCAGCGACAACAAUUUCAAAAUCAACUGCAGAAACAACAACUCCAAUAUCAACUGCAGAAACAACAAUUCCAACAUCAACUGCAGCGACAACAACUCCAACAUCAACUGCAGAAACAACAACUGCAACAUCAACUGCAACAACAACAACUGCAACUUCAACAUCAACUGCAGCAACAACAACUCCAACAUCAACUGCAACAACAACAACUCCAACAUCAACUGAAGUGACAACUGCAACAUCAACAACUUUAACAUCAACUAAACAACAACAAAAACUCCAACAUCAACUGCAGCGACAACUACACCAACAUCAACUUCAGAAACAACAACUUCAACAUCAACUGCAGCAACAACUUCUCCAAAAUCUACUGCAGCAAAAACUUCAACAUCAACUGCACAACAACUUUAACAUCAACUGCAAAAACAACAACUGCAGAAACAACUCCAACAUCAACUGCAGAAACAACAACUACAGCAACGAAAACUCCAACAUCAACUGCAAAACAACAACUGCAACAUCACCUGCAGCAACAACGCAAACAUCAACUGCAGAAACAACAACUCCAACAUCAACUGCAACAACAACAACAACAACUCCAACAUCAACUAAAGUGACAACAACUCCAACAUCAACAACUUUAACAUCAACUGCAGAAACAACAACUGCAGCAACAACUCCAACAUCAACUACAGUGACAACAACUCUAACAACAACUGCAGAAACAACAACUCCAACAUCAACUGAAGAAACAACUCCAACAUCAACUGCAGUGACAACAACUCCAACUGCAACAACAACAACUCCAACAUCAACUGCAGAAACAACUCCAAUAUCAACUGAAGAAACAACAACUCCAACAUCAAAUGCAGCAACAAAAACUCCAACAUCAACUGCAGCGACAACAAUUUCAAAAUCAACUGCAGAAACAACAACUCCAAUAUCAACUGCAGAAACAACAAUUCCAACAUCAACUGCAGCGACAACAACUCCAACAUCAACUGCAGAAACAACAACUGAAACAUCAACUGCAGAAACAACUCCAACAUCAACUGCAGAAACAACAACUCCAACAUCAACUGCAGAAACAACAACUCCAACAUCAACUGCAGAAACAACAACUCCAACAUCAACUGCAGAAACAACAACUGCAACAUCAAGUGCAGAAACAACAACUCCAACAUCAACUUCAGCAACAAAAACUCCAACAUCAACUUCAGAAACAACAACUUCAACAUCAACUGCAGCAACAACUUCUCCAAAAUCUACUACAGCAAAAACUUCAACAACAACUGCAGCAACAACAACAACAACUCCAACAUCAACAACUUUAACAUCAACUGCAACAACAACAACAACAACUUCAACAUCAACAACUUUAACAUCAACUGCAGAAACAACAACUGCAGCAACAACUCCAACAUCAACUGAAGCAACAACUCCAACAUCAACUACAGUGACAACAACUCUAACAACAACUGCAGAAACAACAACUCCAACAUCAACUGCAGCGACAACAAUUUCAAAAUCAACUGCAGAAACAACAAUUUCAAAAUCAACUGCAGAAACAACAUCUCCAACACCAACUGCAGAAACAACUCCAACAUCAACUGCAACAACAACAACUCCAACACCAACUGCAGUGACAACAACUCCAACAUCAACUGCAGCAACAACUCCAACAUCAACUGCAGCAACAACAACUCCAACAUCAACUGCAACAACAACAACUCCAACAUCAACUGCAACAACAACAACUCCAACACCAACUGCAGUGACAACAACUCCAACAUCAACUGCAGCAACAACUCCAACAUCAACUGCAGAAACAACAACUCCAACAUCAACUGCAGAAACAACAACUCCAACAUCAACUUCAGAAACAACAUCUCCAACACCAACUGCAGAAACACCUCCAACAUCAACUGCAACAACAGCUUCAACUGCAACAACAACAACUCGAACACCAACUGCAGCAACAACUCCAACAUCAACUGCAGCAACAACUUUAACAUCAACUGCAAAAACAACAACUGCAGAAACAACUCCAACAUCAACUGCAGAAACAACAACUACAGCAACGAAAACUCCAACAUCAACUGCAAAACAACAUUUCCAAAAAAACAACAUCUCCAACACCAACUGCAGAAACACCUCCAACAUCAACUGCAACAACAACUUCAACUGCAACAACAACAACUCGAACACCAACUGCAGCAACAACUCCAACAUCAACUGCAGCAACAACUUUAACAUCAACUGCAAAAACAACAACUGCAGAAACAACUCCAACAUCAACUGCAGAAACAACAACUACAGCAACGAAAACUCCAACAUCAACUGCAGUGACAACAACUAG